GAAAUAAUAAAAUUUCUAUCAAAAAAUUAUCUCAACUAUUUUAAUUAAAAUAAAACUGGAAGAACAUUCUACUCCUGAUCAAACGAAAUUAUGUCAAACAGAGGUUUCUACUUUGGGCUUAUUUUGAUGCUGCCUCUAGUUUCAGGGAAUGUCGCAUCAUGUCUACAUUCUAUUUCUUGCCCAUGUGGCACUAAAGAAGACCAAGUCUACAUACAGUGCGUUAAUGAAACAUCUGACGAAAUGCACACGUGCGAAAUUUGGGCGAACUGCGAGACAUGUGAAUCUAACACAAGUUACUGCUUAACGUGCCCUCCAGAUCGGUUUAGGCCUACUUGUGAGGAAGCAACUACGGUCCCUUUUUGCUAUCAUCCCGGGGCAGUUGAGAACGCUAUAAUUGAAGAUGAUAAUAGCUUGAGAACUUUAGGGCAAGGUCAAGUGUAUUUUCCUGGUGAGGAAUUGACAUACCUAUGCAUAGAUGGUUAUGAAAUUGAAGGGGUCAGCAAUCUUGUCUGCACGUUGGAAGGGGAAUGGUCAAAUGACCCUCCUAUAUGUAGAGUACGUACAGCUGCAGAGAAGAGGCCAAUUCUGAAACGCACAGUAUGCCCGAAUCCUAUCGUAGAUCCUAAUGGUGCCAUAGACUACCAUCCUCCAAAUUAUCCGAUCAAAAAUGAUCAAGGAUUCGAAGCCGGAAGUCAAGUGAGUUUCACUUGUAACAUUGGUUACGAACUGAAUGGCUCUGAUUCCAUAAUUUGCCUUAGGAAUGGAAAAUGGACAAAUGACGCACCCACGUGUAAAAGAAUGUCAGAAAGUUCUUUAGAAAUAAUGUGUCCAGAUCCAAGCAAAAUUCAAAAUGGCGGAGUAAUUGUAUACUUCCGUUCUUUUCGUUCAUCGAAUCGGGGUUUGACGGUUGUCACAAGGCUCAGAUACGAUUGCAUGGAUGGUUACCGCUUGGAAGGAGAAAAGUAUUUAUUCUGCAUGGAAGACGGAAGUUGGUCUGGAAAUGCACCAAGGUGUAUUGAAGAUUGUGGACGUUCUACCCUGCAAGCGGGAGGCAAAGUCACUUAUGGUACAAAUAAGCCAGCCGGCGAAUUUCCUUGGACAGUUUUCCUUUUUAUGAACGAUACCAAGCAGACAUGUACAGGAGUUUUACUAGACCACGAAACUGUUCUAACUGCUGCACACUGCUUGGUGUACGAUCAAGAUUGUACGAUAUAUUUUGGCAAAUACAUGAGAAGUACUGAAAGUGACGACAGAUAUGUUGAAAUUAGAACGAGUUCUGCAAUACUCAAACAUCCAGAAUUCAACAUUAAUACCUUUGAGAACGAUAUUGCCAUUGUUAAAUUUUAUCCAAAUGUAUCAUAUUCACGGAGAAUUGAACCUAUCUGCAUGCCAUCACCCAACUCGCCUGCUGUAAACGUUACUCCAGGACUAAAAGGCUACGUAAGCGGAUGGGGAUUGACUGAGAAUAGAUUGCCAUCGUCCAGCUUGAUGUCGGCUAAUCUAUAUGUUCAAACACCUGAAACUUGCAUGGCGGCAUAUCAAAAAAGGUAUACAGCAAUUGAAUUCUCGAAAGGAAUGUUCUGUGCUGGUUUGCCAGACGGAAAUAUCAAUACGUGCAUGGUUGGGAGUGGGUCGCCUCUAGUCUUCUACAACAACGAGACGAAUCGCUUGGUCUUAGGAGGGUUGGCCAGUCAUGGAAUGAGUGGAAGAUGUGAUCUACCAGGAAGCUACCCAAUUUUUACCAGAGUUUCUCACUACUUGCAAUGGAUUUAUCAUAAUUUGAAUACUAAAAUGUAAUAAGAAUCUUUUCGUUAAAAUGCACUUUUUGUUUUUAAAUUCAAUAAACACUGUGAAUUAAUAGAUUCAUAACCAGAUAUAUUUUUCUACAAAGAGCAAUAUUAUAGUAUAAAAAUGUAUAAAUAAUUGUCCGAUGAUGAUACUUACAAAAAUAUUAA